AGCGGUGUGGGUACAGGAGGGAGGGAGAGCGCGCCCUGAAUGCCAUUCACACAUCCCGCGCGCAGGGGAGCUCGGUCACCGUCGGAAUCAUCGGCGGAUCUCCGUGCGCUCUGCGUGCGCCCCGAGCGCAACUGUCUCCAAUCAAAAACUGCAUGAGUUAGAGGACGGCUGCUUACCGCGCUUCGGUGGACUUUGCUCAUUUGUUCAUUAGGAAGAUGCGUUAAAAUAAUUAGCACACCUGGAAGAGCCGAGUCUCUUAAGACACCACAUCAGCGACUCACUUGGAGAGGACUCACAGAAGCCUUCCUUCUGAGCGUUUUGGGAGGUUUUCAGCUGGAAACAUAGCGUAUUUUUAAGGGAGGAGGAGAUCAGGUUUCACCUUCUGUUUAGUUCAACUUGCGCAGUCUUUUUUUUUUUAUUAUUAUUUUUUUAUUUUUAUAUUUGCGCGCAACCUUUCUCCAAUGCCCCCCGGUGUUUGCGCCCAGCAGAACCGAACUUCACGAUCCUAUGAGGGGAUUUUGCGGAGAUUUAUUCCGAGCAGUCACGGAUCAAAAGACUUACCGAAUAAGGACUCAUUAGGAGCGCAAGGAGAAUGAAGAGUCACCGGGGCCGGGGCAAACACCAUGAGUGGCCCGUGGACCUCCACUAGACUGGCGGCCCUCAUGUUUCUAUGGAAGUGGUUGACAUUAAGCCUGCUCCUAAGCUGGUUGUCAGUAGGGGCCAGUGCCGCGGACUCUACCGGCGCUGGCUUCAGUGGCUCAAAUGGACCCCUGGGCUGGCUCCUGUCAGAGAAGGGUCCUUUUCACAAUUCGCAGGAGUUUGUUGAUUUCACAGAGCGCUACCAGCAGGGAUUCACCACCAAGUACAAAAUAUACAGGGAAUUUGGCCGUUGGAAGGUGAACAGCUUGGCCCUGGAGAGACAAGAAAACAAUGGCUUUUCGUUGCCGCUGGACCCAGAGUUCCUGCAGACCAUUAGGCAGCUGGGCAGGAGGCCCAGUCUCAGGGCCAUCACUGACAACCUCAUCAGGAAGUACGGAACCCACUUCCUGCUUUCCGCAAUGCUGGGAGGGGAAGAGUCCUUAAUGAUUUUUGUGGACAAGAGAAAGUUGAGUCGGACGUCUGAAGCGAGUGAAUCCAACGGCACAGCUGUGACGCUGGAAGCUCUGCACCAGCUGGCUGCCUCCUACUUCAUUGACAGAGAGAGCACCUUGCACAAGCUGCACCACAUCCAGAUUGCUUCCACUGCCAUCAAGGUGACCGAAACAAGGACGGGCCCACUUGGAUGCAGUAACUAUGACAACCUCGACUCUGUCAGCUCUGUUUUGGUUCAGAGCCCUGAAAACAAGAUUCAUUUGCAAGGCCUCCAGGCCAUACUGCCAGAAUAUCUGAGAGCCAGGUUUGUGCAGGCUGCUCUAAGUUAUAUUGGCUGUAAUGAAGAGGGCCAGUUUGUGUGCCGGGACAACGACUGCUGGUGCCAGUGUGCUGUCGACUAUCCGCAAUGUAAUUGCCCUGAGGUUGAUCUGAGGGCUAUGGAAGGCAGUUUACUGCAAAUCAGAGAUUCAUGGAACAUGGCCAACCAAGACUUUGAGGCAUCAGAAGAGUUUCAAAACUUUGUUCGAAGGCUUCCCACAUUCUACGCCCUGAACGCGUCUGCCCUCCAGUAUUUCUGGAAGACGGAGCCGUCCAUUCACCAACGCUACAAACAGCUAGAGCUCAGCACACAGCAGCUUGCAAGCAAAGCACGGCGCAUCAUCAACAAGAUCUUCACCCUCAGCAAGAGAUGUCAAACUCAGCCAAAAAUUAUUAUGCUACGGGAAAGGCCAUUUGGGUAUUGGCUCAGCUACAUCCUGUCCAUCAUGUACUGCAGUGAAAACAACCACCUGGGUUCCUACAUGGAGGAGACCCGGAGCUGCUCCUGCCCGUACGAGCAUCCCCCCUGCCAGAGUGUGAUCCCAUGCACAGUAGGGGAGGGCUCCUCGUGCGCAUCCUGCUCUUAUGAAAAUCGCUCCCGCUGUGCCACAUGUAAUCAGGGCUACAUGCUGAGCCAGGGCGUGUGCCGCAACGAAGUGCCAGACUCCACUGACCAUUACAUCGGCUUUGAGACUGACCUGCAGGACAUGGAGUUGCGCUACCUGCUGCAGAAAAAAGACAACAGAAUCAGCAUUCACGGGAUCUUCGUCAGCAAUGAUGUCAGGCUGAAUAACUGGUUUGACCCAUCAUGGAGAAAGAGGAUGUUGCUGACUCUAAAAAGUAAUAAAUACAAAUCAAACCAUGUCCACAUGCUCCUGGGCAUGUCUCUGCAGAUUUGCCUUACCAAGAACAGCACACUUGACCCCAUGCUCUCUGUCUACAUCAAUCCUUUUGGGGGGAGUCACUCAGAGAGUUGGAUCAUGCCCAUUGACCAGAACAACUACCCAGACUGGGAAAGGACUAAAUUAGAUCUUCCCUAUGACUGUUACAACUGGACUUUGACUUUAGGCAAUAAAUGGAAAACAUUUUUUGAGACUGUUCACUUCUACCUACGGAGCCGCAUCAGAGGGCCUUCAGGCAAUGGAAAUGGAAGUAUAUAUUUUGAACCACUGGAAUACCUGGAACCGGGCCAAAAUCUGGGCUACAUGAAGAUCAACAGCAUCCAGGUCUAUGGCUACAGCAUGCACUUUGACCCAGAAGCAAUCCAGGACUUAAUUUUACAGCUGGACUACCCGUAUACUCAGGGAUCGCAGGACUCGGCCCUGCUGCAGCUGCUGGAGAUCCGGGAUCGGGUCAACAGGCUUUCCCCACCUGGAGCUCAGCCUCUGGAUCUAUUUUCUUGUCUGUUGCGGCACCGGCUCAAAUUGUCCACAACAGAUGUUACCAGAAUCCAGGCAGCAUUGCAGACUUUCAGUGCCAAGCAGCCAAACUCCAUUGAAUAUGAAACAACCAAAUUAUGUAGCUAGUAAGUUGGCCGGUGGCCAGAUGCACAGAUGGAGCAGUUAUCACACAGGCCUAUCAAUAGCGAGGAGCAAUUCUAAAGUAGUGCAAUGGACAUUUUGGUGGACUUUGUAAUUGACAUGACUCUCAACUCCACAUCUGAGAUUCUCAUAUCAACUUUUCCUAUAAAUUUGUAUAACAUCUUAGAAGUGAAUAGGUUUUCACCAUACAUGCCUCAUUACUCUUUAUGAAAAGGUUUUGCCAUUCAUGUUAUGAAUUCAAAGCUUCGUUGUCAUAUUUUACCAAUGUGCUAAAAUUUGUAGAUUGUAGAAACCUGAUUCACUUGCACACAUAAAACAGAAACAUUAUGCUGUCAAAGAAUAAUCCGACCAGUCUUAUUAUUUUACAAAAAUAAUCUCAAUACCAGCGUGGUUUAAUUUGGCAUUGAUUUGUUAUUUAUUUUGGUGUUUCUCUGAUCACAAAAAUAGUAGUUUUCAUUUUAUUAUGCGUCAAUGGGGCAUGUCUUUUUACUCGUUUUUUUUUUUUUUUUACUUUCCAAACAAGCAUCGUCACUUUUUUUCUAGUCUACAACACAUUUUUGUAAGAAAAUGCUAAAUAGAUGCUGUAUCAUGCAGAUUUCUUGAAAGAUACAAUAUAACAGGUUCACAAUGUGUUACAUGUGCUUUUAUUUUUAUAAUGCUGUUGUUUGUGAAGCAAAUGAUAUGACAACAUUGUCUAUAAAAUGUACAGUAAAAUUUGUUAAUACACUAAAUAAAAUACAUUUUUAUGUGUGGUCUAUAUCAAUUUUGCGUGUUUUAAAAACUGGCUUUUGCUCUUUUUAUUGUUAAAAAGAGUGGAGAUAAGAAGCAUGUACAUAAAAUCAGGCCAAGUUUUUGCAAAAACAAUAAAUUUGACUUUGACUUCACUUUACCAUGUACAGACAUUUCAAAUAUGCAACUCACACAGUACUGAAUGUCCUAACUUGAGGUUUUUAAAUAGUGUUUUUAGAGGUCGGAAAGAUUAUAGAACAAUUGACUUUUAGUCUUAAAACCAAAAAGUAAAUUGUUUGUUGUAAAAUCAUCCCAACCUUUGCUGAGGAGCUGGAGGCGGUGGCUGGGGAGAGGGAAAUGUACAUGUCUGCUGAAACUGUUGCCCCUGUGACCUGGUUCCAGAUAAGCAGAUGACAAGUAAGAGUACAACUGAUUUUUAAUAUGCAGAAUAGAGUGCUAAAGUUUGAACUCAUUAAAUUCCUAAAACCCACACAGAAGAAAAAUAUAUUUUCACUCAAAUAUAAACAUAUUUGCGAGAAAUAUGUUUCACUCAAAUACGAGUGAAGCAUAUUCACUCGUAACACUUGAGUGAAUGGUAACACUUGUAUUGUAGCCCUGAACAAGAUCAUGUCAUAUUUCUGGAUGUAUUUGACCACUUUUUUUGGCAGAAUUACUAAAGCUGAUUUAGAUUUUCUAUAACAAUAAACUUAUUUACCCAAUUCUUGUUUUUUUUUAAAUAAACAAAGCUUUAAAUCUAAACCUUUAAAAACCUAAAACAUAAUGUGAUUUCAUGAGUGUAUGUAAGAUUUUUAUCAGCAAUAUAAAGUCCCACACAAAGUAUAUUUUUAAGAGAUGAUUCAUAAGUUCACUCUGUACAUUUAUCAAAAACUUUCAAUGCCUCUCUCUUUAUAUCAACUCUUCAAGUACAUCACACAAAAAUAAAAAUGAGUAAAUGUGAAACAGAAAAAUAAAAUAUUAAGAAAGAGUUAAUAAAAACUAACAGAAAAGGGGAAAUGGCAGAAGGAAUUGCAUUUAGAGACUGUACAACUCCUUAUAAUUGUUAAGUGAAAUGUCUAAUGAAUGUAUUUCAGAUAGCUUAUGUUUUUUGUGAAGGCGAAAAAUAUAAUAACAAAUUAGAUAAUAGCAAACUGCAGCUAAUACGUAGUACCAGACAUUGAAGCAGUAAAUUUGGUGCUCUGUUGUAACAAAACAUUGCUGGGUUUUAGAUGUCUAAGCUUCAAAUUUUUGUUGAUGGCUGCUUGGGGGCAGUGGGGAAGACACAAGAAUCAAAGCCUUUUAUCUCAGGUGUGUCUCACAGUGGUUUGUACUCUGUUGUAAUUUGUAGAGGUUUAUGUCUUAUUCCAAGCCAUGAAAUAAA